AUGAGUAAUUAAUAAAAUAUUAAUCUCCAUCCUCUUUACAUUGAAUAAUAAGAAUGGCUUGCUCAAUUUAAAUCGCCUCUACCUUAAACUAAUUAAUUUCAAUAAUAAUAACAAUCAUUUGGUACUCCACAUUUUGCAUAACUUUAACACAUGGGGUUUUGCAAUCAUAAAAAAAAUUAUAGAUUGUUAAAACGAUAUAAUUGGAAUAUUAAUAAAGUAGUCUAAUCAUUAAAUGAGCAAAAUGAUGCAAAUUAAUAAAAUACUAAUUUCGAUAAUAUCAUUUAAAUUAUAUCCAAUACUAAAAUAUUAUACCUUGAUUGUAAUAAUAUUAAGUAUGCAUGUCAUUAAUGGAAUAAAUUUAAGGGUAAGCCUAAAAAGUAAAUCAAAAAUGUUUUAAAAAUCAUUUUUGUUUGGAUUUAAAUGGCUGAAUAAUAGUUAGAUGAAGUUCAUUUGAUAUGGGAUGUUUACAAAAUGAAUAAAAUUCAAAAAAUAAAAUAAAAAUUAUCUUAAUAUGAACCAUUCAAUUUUUUUCACGAAUUAAAUGAACAAGAGAAAAUAACUACAUUUAAAAUUCUAAACAAAUAAAAAUUUAUCAAUUUUAGCAUUUAGUCAGCUUAUCCUGAAAUAGCAGAUGACUUGAUUGUAAAAUUAUGCAUUGGUUAACAUAAUUGUUAAACAACUGUAGUUACAAGUGAUAAAGAAUUAAGAGUUAGGCUUUAAGAGUUAGGAGUUACAUAAUUUAUUGGUAAUGGUAGAUGGUGGAAAUUAAAAGAAGAACUGAUACAACAAGCAUAAUAGUCACAAUAACCAUAAUAAUAAUAAUAACAAUAAUUAUUAUAAUAAUAAUAAUUAUAAUAAUAAUAAUAAUAAUAGUAAUAGUAAAAAUAAUAAACAUGUAACAAUGAAUUUUAAAAAUAAUGA